AUGACAAUUGAUGUACGAAAUGGUCAGAUCACUAGGACUCUGGAUCAGAUAGAGCAGGUCAAAACAGCAAUUCCUGCUCGUACAAUAGACUCGUUGCAUGAUCUUAUUCAUCAUGAUCUUGUGAUAAAUAUGAGCGAAAGUAUCCAGCAACUGUAUGACCUACGCAGUGAUGAUGUUUACCGUUUGGCAACUAGUAUCAAAGGAAAUUCUCCAAUAUAUCUAAGCAUGAUCAUGGACAAACGGCAGGCUGCUAAAGAUCUUCUUUCAAAAUGGUUUGAUUCUCGUAUAGCUAUCGGUGGGAAGGAGUACAUGAUCCACUUGGUCAUUGAACGGAUUAUUACCUCGGGCAAAGAGGAUAUUGAGGAGGUUAAGAUCAAGAAAGAAAGGAAAAGUACUCCCAGUACCGAAGAGGAUAGCAGCACUAUACAAUCAGGUCUAUAUACACCAUCUGAGAGAUUUUCUGAGGCGGUACAAGAGCCUCUAAAACGCUCAGCAAGUGUGUCCUCUUCAGCUUUUGAUGAGACUCCCUAUCGGACGAGAAGAAGGCAUGCUGUUGAUGAACGAGAUAUGGAUCGGAUUUGGGGGUGUAGUCCCUUUACUAGUAAAGAUUAG